UCAUUUGCGUGUCGUCAUUUUACAAUGUUAUAGAAAUAGUAGAUUUCUAUUUCCUUUCAAUCUAUUUAUCUAGACAUACAAUGAGUUAGGCAUGUAUAAUCAUUAAAUUCAAUUAGUAACGAACACUCCUCAUGUUCUGUUACUAUUCGAAACUCAUUCGAUGUUGAAAUAAAACAAGCGCACGCAUUUAAAUAAUAAAUCUUAGUGUUCAAAAAAUGUAUAAUGUGAUAGUGUCUUCGAAAUUCGAGGUCUCAGCGCCCUUAUUACUAGUCGUUUAAAUAUUCCAGUUGGUAAUUAUACGUUUGCAGUUCUAUAUUCAUUAGUUAAUUACUCAAUAUUGUUCUUCAAGUUUUAGUUGCUAUUUCAUAACAUAAACAAUCGUAUAAAUCAAACAAACAAAGAAAACAUUUUUAUUUGGCUUAUAUAUCGCUUUGAAUAUCCGAAAUCAAGCCGAAAAUACACAGGAAACAUAAUCAGUAAUGAAAUGGCUAGUGAUAGAAAUAAGGUAUAAACAAAUAGAAAAAUAGAAAAUUGAUAAGAAAUGGGCUCCUGCGAUGAUAUUCAGCCCCUUAUACAAUAUGGAUCAAUUGAAAGGACAGAUUUAUUAUUGGGAAUUAAUAAACAAAAUUUGAACAUAGAUCCUGAUUUUGAACAGGUGGUCUAUGGAUAUCGCAAGAGUCGAUGGCGGACUUACAUUACCUAUUUCCUGUCUAUUAUAACAUGUGGAGUUCCGUUUUUGGUGUUUCACUGGGUGCCAAGGCUUUUGCUAUAUGCUUCUUCUAUUAGAUCAAGCUUUCAGGAAGCUGACCAGGUUUUAGUCAUUGAAACUUAUCAGAAGAAGUGUAAAAGUCAUUAUAUACACAAGAUAUUACUUAAAAAUAUAGCUGAUCCUAGUGGUCUUUUAAAUGAAGGUUUUGAGGACGAGUUUGGAAGUGAAAAAGUUCCUAUAGACAGUGCUGAUGAUCUCUAUACUCCUAUACAUUUGGAUGAUGGCACUACUUUAAAUGUACAACAAUUCCAAUACUUCCGUCACAAGAAACAGUGUAUAAUAUGGGAUCCGGCUCGAGCGAAAUGGAUAAGAUUAGCGGGCGUGGAGCGCGGGGCCACGUGCUCACAGCUUCACUCGCUCGCAACGAGACCGCCGUGCACGGAGAGACGACUUCGGAUGUUAAACAUCUAUGGCCUGAAUGAAAUCAAAGUUCCUGUACAAACGAUAUUGACCCUGAUUCUAUUAGAAGUUUUCAAUCCAUUCUAUGUGUUCCAACUAUUCACUAUUGGCGUCUGGUUAGCUGAGCCUUAUUACUAUUAUUGUAUUGCCGUUGUAUUGAUGUCUACGUUUGGUGUUGCCACUUCAGUUAUACAAACUAAAAAGAAUCAGCAAAGUUUGCGUGCGACAGUGGAAGCCCAUGACACAGUGGAACUAUGGGGUGGGAGGCGUGUGGACAGUAAGGCCCUGUGCCCUGGGGAUGUUCUGGUGCUACCGGCACACGGGUGCCUGCUGCACUGUGAUGCGGCGCUGCUCACCGGUUCAGCUAUAUUGAAUGAGAGCAUGCUCACAGGUGAAUCGGUGCCAGUAACGAAAACAGCAUUGCAGCGGAUAGACAAGGAGUUUAACUUGAAGGAACAUAACUCUAGCGUUUUAUUCUGUGGCACUAAAGUUAUACAGACGCGUUACUAUAACAACGAGCCAGUAAAGGCGCUUGUAUUACGUACAGGCUAUAAUACAAGUAAAGGCCAGCUAGUUCGCAGUAUAUUAUACCCCGUUCCAGCUGACUUCAAAUUCGACAGAGACUCGUAUAAGUUUAUUUUUAUUUUGGCUUGUAUCGCCGUAUUGGGACUUGCAUACACUGUCGCAUUAAAGGCAGCCAGAUCGCUAACAGCUCGCGACAUAGUGAUCAAAGCACUGGAUAUAAUAACUAUAGUAGUUCCUCCGGCGUUGCCCGCGGCUAUGACAGUGGGUCGCUUGUACGCAGUGUCGCGCUUGCGGCGCGCGCGCAUCACAUGCCUUAAUACUAGGGCCGUUAAUGUUAGCGGUUCGCUUGAUUGUAUUUGUUUUGACAAGACGGGGACGCUAACAGAGGACGGUCUCGAUAUGUGGGGGGUGGUAGCCGUCAGCUCAGCGACCUCUCCCCCACUGCUGGGCCGGGCCCAGCGGGACCCGCGUCAGCUCAACGACUUACACGAGCUGAAGAUGGGUAUGGCAGCAUGCCACAGCCUCACGCUGCUGCAUGGCGAGCUUGCUGGUGACCCUCUGGACUUGAAGAUGUUUGAAUCAACCGGCUGGUUGCUGGAGGAGCCGGAUGUUCCAGAACUAUCCAACUACGAAAUAUUAACGCCCACAAUUGUGAAGCCGAAAGGAGCUGCUAAUAUCAAUGUGGAUGAUAUACACAUGCCCCUAGAAAUCGGGAUAGUCCAGCAGUACCAAUUCGUAUCAUCACUGCAGAGGUCUUCAGUGGUGGUCAGGAUGCUUGGUGAAGACGUCCUCAGGGUGUACUGUAAGGGUGCCCCUGAAACGCUGAGGGGUUUGUGCAGGCCGGAGACCGUUCCGAACAAUCUGAAUGAAGUGUUGAGCUCGUACGCAGAAAAAGGAUACAGAGUCAUCGCAAUGUCGACCCGCAUUAUGGAGAAAACGUACAAACAAUUGCAAAAAAUGGACAGGGAAGAGGUAGAAUGCGAUUUAGAAUUCCUGGGAUUGGUGAUAAUGGAGAACCGUCUGAAAGCCGCUACGACUGGGAUCAUAAGGGAGCUGAAGGAGGCAAAUAUACACAUAGUAAUGAUAACAGGUGACAACAUACACACAGCUGUGAGUGUGGCCAAAGAGUGCGGUAUACUGGCGAGCGGGGAACGGGUGGUCCACCUCACCCUGCACCAGCAACAUGGCGGACCCGUUCUGUACUGUCAGAGCACGCUGCAUGGGGUUCCAAUAGGCAAGCUCGUGCCCUUCACCGGAUCUAGCAAGACAGAGGACAGCGGGGUGGGGUCAUGGGGGGCUGGUGCCAGUGGAGAGAGAGGCAGGGGGGAUGUGGAGGCUCCACGUGAGGCUGGGUACAAGUUUGUGAUGAGUGGUGAUGCGUGGCGGGCUCUCCGUGAACACCACCCAUCCAGUGUGGGUCGCGUGAUAGAGAGGGGCGCUGUGUUCGCCAGAAUGUCGCCGGAGCAGAAACAACAGUUGGUCACCGAUUAUCAGGCACUUGGAUACUAUGUUGGCAUGUGCGGCGACGGCGCGAACGAUUGCGGCGCCCUGCGAGCCGCCCACACCGGGAUCUCUCUGUCGGAGCUGGAGAGCAGCGUGGCCGCGCCCUUCACUAGCUCGCACCCCGACAUCGUCUGCGUUUCCAGAGUGCUGCGCGAGGGACGGGCGGCCCUAACGACCAGCUUCGGCGUCUUCAAAUUCAUGAUCGCCUACUCCCUCACAGAGUUCCUCUCCGUCGGUUUCCUAUACUACUUCGACUCCAAUCUCACCGACUUCCAAUUUCUGUUCAUAGAUGUCGCGUUGAUCGUCAAUUUCGCGUUCUUCUUUGGCAUGACCGAAGCGCACACCGGAAAGUUGUCCAAAAUACCCCCCUUGACUUCUCUCCUGGGCAUCGUUCCCCUCGUGUCUCUCAUUGGGCAAAUGUUUCUGAUAACGGUCGCCCAAUAUUUGAGCUAUCUAGCCAUUACGUAUUUCCCUUGGUACGUUCGUCACACGUUCGAAGGAGAAGAGGCCAACAAGUGCUGGGAGAAUUACGCAAUUUACACGAUAUCUAUGUUCCAAUAUAUAAUUCUGGCUAUAGUUUUCAGCCACGGCGCCCCCUAUCGUAGAUCCGUAGUGACGAAUAAACAGCUGAUGAUUAGCAUUCUCGUUAUGUUAGCGAUUUGCAUUUACAUCACGGUGUCCCCCGCGCAAUGGUUAGCUGACUUCUUAGAAUUACAAAUGCCGAAAGAUACUUUGAUGGCGUAUAUAGUUUUGGCUCUCGCGUGCCUCAACUUCGUGUUUGCGUUGUUCUUUGAAAGAGUUAUCGUUCAGUAUUUGAUGGAGGUUAAGCAAAUGGUGCCGAACUUUAUAAAAGAGCGCCACGUAAUGAAAACCCCGCAUUUAAUGCUAAAGAGGCAAUUAACUGUCAUGGACUAUUUGGAAGGAGAUAGCUCCGUCGAGUUCUUGGGCGAAGACAACUCAGGUGAGGGUAGAUGAAAAUUAUUUUCGCCGUGUCUACGGUAUACUUUUAGACGCAUUUUAAUAUGUUACCUCGAUUUGAAAUUCGCUUUUAGGCGUUCUACACGAACGAAAUUAUUUCUACAUUCCGUAAAUGUUUUAUUAUUAUUAUUUUUGUUUUUAUUUAUAAUUUAUAUGGUUCCGUAUUACGUACGAGUUAUUAAAACAGAUUGAUGUUUUUGAUAUUAUUAUUUCUACAACACAUUAUAGGCAAUAAAGUGUAUUUUAUAGCAUUAUUUUUGUUGUGAAUAUUUUGUCACACAUGUUUAUACGUAUUUAAGUUAUUUGAAUCAAAGAUUUUUAUAUGUUAUUUUUGCAUAAGUAGUUAUAAUAUGAAGGUUAUCAACCCAUAUACAUAUGAUAAACACAAAAAAAAAAUUCACUUCGUAUUUUGCAUUAGAACUAAAAAAAGUUAUCUGUAAAAAAUUCUCAUUUUAAAUAAUACGAUAUCUUUAAAAAAUUUCAUAGUAUUUGUGUUAUGUUUUUAUUAAGACUUUCACUCUAAUCCUCUUUGAUUGUUUUAUUGGUUUAAUAUAUUAUAAACAUUUCUUAUGCAUUAUCUUAUGAAUAAUAUUGUUAUAGCACAGUGUGAUAAUUAGUUUAAUUAUAAGUGCCUUAAUAGUUUUAAGACUACAAGAACUGUGUUCAAUUUUAGGCCUUAACUUGUAAAUUAUAAAAGUAAAGUCACUUUAAUUUUUUUUUCGCUUAUUCCAAACAUAAUAUAAAUAUUGCGUAAUGUCUUAGUUUUUCUUUCAUACUUGCCUGUAUGCAUUUCCGUAUGGUGCUACGUAAUAUAAUAAAUAAUUUUUCGUAAUUAUCAGUCAUAUUAAUUUAAACAAAUAAAAAUAGAGACUUUACUUUUAUAACUCGUUAAAAUUAAAACACAAAAUAUAAAGCAUUUGAAUUAUACGUGCAUAAGUUACUGUUUAAAAUUUAACUUGAAUUUUUAAGUCAAUUUAAUUGUAAGUUGGUGCUUAAAUUGAUAUGAUAUUAAAAUCGAACGAGAUUGUUACCAUCACCUUUUGAGUCAGAAAGGUGCGAUAUUAGCUUAUAAAUCUUUUUGUAAGUAUUAAAAUUGUUUGAUGUGAUACAAGUAUGAUAAUGUGUGGAUAACAUUUGAAAUAUUAACAAUAUAUCUGCUAUAUUUCACAAAUCCUUAUGAAAUAUAACUAUUAAUUAUGACUGUGUAGAUUGUAAAUUUAGCCAGUAAAAUUAAGGAAAGAAUUCAUCUAUCUCAGUUUUACAAAAAUUGGAGACAGAAUCUGCUACAAUUAUAUUAGCGUCCUGAAUUUAUGUAAACAUUAGUUUGCACUACAUGUCAGUAUUGUACUAUUUACAAUAUAAUUGUGUAAUCGAGUUUUAAAUACCUACGUAGUGUAAGUGUGUAAUAAUAAAAAAAUAUUUUACCAA